UUAGUGGUGAUAUUGGUUUGUUCUCUUUGUUGGGUCGUCAAAAUUUUUCGGUUCCGUCCCGAGCAACUAGACAUUAUCGUUCGCUUUAUUUACCUGUGGGCACUAGUGAUUAUUCUUUGCACAAUGCGUUUCAUGUUCUUUGUGUUAAUUUAAAUAAAUAUCACGUUUUUUCCUUAGAGCUCUCUCUUCCUAAAAUAACAAGUAAGAAAGCAAAAUUCGAAGUUUGAUUGACAACUCUACAGCACUGUACAACACGCUAAAAUCACUAGGCAACGAGUCACAAAUCGCACAGGCAAUGUUAAUAGCUAUUGUUGUGGAUAAGAUGGACAUGGAAACCAAGUGCAAAUGGAACGAAUCAUUGGAUUAUUCGCAGUUUCCUGGGAUUUGUGUGUACAGGUCGUUGAGAGGCUUUGCCAAUAUUUGGAAUCAUGCGGUAAGUCCGAAUCGAGGCAGGCUCAAACUGCGACUACUAGCAAAUUACGAAGCCAGAGCAUCGAGUUUCACGGCAGUCGACUACAGGAGAUGCCGGUUGUAGAGCGCUAUGAAGCAGCAAAACGACAUGGUCUGUGCCUAAACUCUCUUGGUAAGGGCCACCAGGCAUGCAAGUCCCUUUACUCAAAGAUGUCGAUUUUGCUCGAGACCUCAUUACAUUACUACAUUGGGAGGAGAUCGGGAGGAGACUGUAACUCCACAGAUGUAGGAGAUAUAAUUUUAUAACUGAUUUUCGAUUUUUAUAGAUUUUUAGUGAUAAGCUCGAUUUGCC